GUAUUGCUGCACCACCAACCAAAAUGGUGAACAAAAGGGUUUUACAUACAUUGAUUUGCUUCAGCUGUUUGAUUUUGAAAGCAAACAGUCAACUUCCUCUUUGGGAUAAUUUGGUUGACUCUGAUGUUGUACAAGUUGUCAAAGAUGAACUCACUUCAAGAACUGUCGUUGAGAAACCGUUCGAGCCAACAUGGGAAUCUCUUGAUAAACGAACGCUACCGAGCUGGUAUGAAGAUGCAAAAUUUGGAAUUUUUAUGCAUUGGGGUGUUUAUUCAGUGCCAGCUUUUAAAUCAGAAUGGUUCUGGUGGCACUGGAAGGGAGAUCGCAAGAGUGAGUACAGUCAAUACAUGAAAGAAAACUUCCCUACAUACUCAUAUCAAGAUCUGGCGCCUAAGCUUACUGGAAAACACUUUAACCCUGAUGACAUCGCAUCAUUAGUUGAGGAUUCUGGCGCCAAGUAUUUUGUUUUUACAAGUAAGCACCAUGAAGGGUUUACACAUUGGAAGUCAGAAGAAUCGUGGAAUUGGAACUCUGUUGAUAUUGGUCCCAAACGUGAUAUAAUCGAUGAAUUAAAAGGUGCAUUUGCGCAAACUAACGUGACUUUUGGGUUGUACUUUUCGUUGUAUGAAUGGUUUAAUCCUUGGUAUAAGAAAGACAAGAAAAACGAGUUUACAACUCAAGAAUUUGUAGAGAAAAAAAUUCGACAUCAAUUGCGUGAUAUUGUGGAGAAGUAUAAACCUUUAUAUAUAUGGUCGGAUGGUGAUUGGGAAGCGCAGUCGGAAUAUUGGAAUAGUACCAACUUUUUAGCAUGGCUGUACAACGAGAGUCCUGUCAAAGAUGACAUAGUGGUGAAUGAUAGAUGGGGAAAAGAUGCCAAUUGUGUUCAUGGAGACGUUAAAACAUGCAAGGACAGAUAUAACCCAGGCAAGAAGUUACCAUUUAAAUGGGAAAAUGCAAUGACAAUCGACAGAGAAAGUUGGGGAUAUCGUAGCGAAGCUACCUUAAGUGCAUACAUAUCAUCUGCUAAAUUAAUUGAAACUCUUAUAGAGACGGUCAGUUGCGGGGGCAAUCUGUUAAUGAAUAUUGGACCUACUGCUGAUGGUAGAAUAAUUCCUAUCUAUGAAGAAAGGUUGAGGGAUAUGGGUAAAUGGUUGAAAAUAAAUGGUGAAGCUAUAUAUGGUACAAGACCAUGGAGGAUACAAAAGGAUCCAACCGGUUGGAAAGUAUGGUACACUACUAAAUUCAAUCGAGUUUAUGCACACAUGUGCCGGUGGCCGAAAAACCGAUAUUUAAGAAUACGUUCACCAAUAGCAACAACAAUAACAAAGGUGAAGUUGCUAGGGUAUGAUGGUGACGUCAAAUGGGAGAAACAAAAUCCUGGACUAAAAAUUGACCUGCAUCAAAUUCCAGCAGGAGAAUUGCCUAGUAAUAAAGCUUGGGUGUUUGUGUUAGAAAAUGUAAAAUAGGUUAGCUUUAUAUUUAUUAACCAAUUUUAUACAAUUCUAAGCAAUUUUCACCUUCACUGCAAUCCUCCAUAGAAUAUAUUGAGACUCUACCGACUGUGCCGAAUUAGCAAGAAAAAUAUCGAAAAAGUUAAAUUAUCUCAAUAUUUUUG